AUGAGAGGUCGUUGGAGGUGUCUCUAUAAACCAUUGAAGGAAAAAACAAGCAGAGUCCCCACCACUAUCAAGGCUUGCUGUGCCCUUCACAAUAUUUGUAUAGAUGUUGGAGAUCCGAGCGCUAAAGACCCCGUUGAGGAUGACAAUGAAAUGGAUCAAAGUUCUUUCAAUGGAGAUGAACAGCUUUGCGCAGGGAGCAUUAGAGAUGAUAUAAUGGAUCAUUUGUCAUAA